CGCCGGAAAUGUGCUGCAGUUUAGAGGAGUCUCUAAAUGAUGACGUUGUACAAACUCCUACUGACAGCUGUGCUGCGCCGUACACACAAUGGAGGAAACGAGGACUCCUUUUAUUUUUGUUUAUUAGCUCAUUAUUUCGUUUUAUGACGGAAGCUGUAACAUCACUUUUUUUUUUCUCCGUAGAGCCCAAACUCAUUUCAUUGUUGUUGUCUCCCUGCCUUCACCCCUGUCCGGUCACCGUGACCAUGUCAUUUGUCGUAGACUCCGUGAUUAUGUUCACUUCUCAGGUGUUCUUCUUUGGCUUUGGCUGGCUGUUCUUCAUGCGACAGCUCUUUAAAGACUAUGAGGUAAUGAACACUAUGAUCAUGGCUGUGGAUUCCUUAAGAUACUUUGGACUGUGUGUUAUUAGCUGAGUGGCUUUUGCUUUGGAUAAAAUGAACAGCUGCAAGUGUUACUUGUUUUACCUGUAGCAGAACAGCAGUCCCUUCCUUCAUGCAGUAAACUAAAGAUUCUAAGGAGUUAAAAGUGUCUUAGUGAUAUUUUCACUGAAGUGUUUAGUAAAAAAAAAGGGAAUGUACUUCAUACACGCAAGGAACAAGUUAGGCACACUGUUGUAUGACAGUUACAGUGAUCCUUAAAUAAAUGAGUGUGAUUUGCUUUGCUUUGUUUGUAUGACUGGAUUUGCUGCUUUAGCGUGUUAGAAUAAUGCAUAAAUCUGGUUCUGACCGGACUUGUCCUCUUUCCUGGGAAGGUUCGACAGUAUGUUGUACAGGUUGUCUUCUCUGUUACCUUUGCGUUCUCCUGCACAAUGUUUGAACUCAUAAUCUUUGAGAUUCUUGGAGCACUAAGUAGCAGUUCUAGGUAUUUUCAUUGGAAACUGAACCUUUAUGUCAUUCUGCUGGUUCUGAUCUUUGUGGUUCCUUUCUACAUUGGAUACUUUGUGGUUAGCAACAUACGAUUGUUGCAGAGACAGAAGCUCCUUUUUGCCUGUGUGGUGUGGUUCACCUUCAUGUAUUUCUUCUGGAAGCUGGGUGACCCGUUUCCCAUUCUCAGCCCUAAACACGGGAUUCUGUCUAUUGAGCAGCUGAUCAGCCGCGUGGGUGUUAUUGGGGUGACACUCAUGGCAUUACUGUCAGGCUUCGGUGCGGUGAACUGUCCUUACACCUACAUGUCCUACUUCCUAAGGAAUGUGACUGACAGUGACAUCCUGGCCCUGGAGAGGAGGCUGCUGCAGACCAUGGACAUGAUUGUCAGCAAGAAGAAGAGAAUUGCCAUGACUAGGAGGCAGAUGUACCAGAGAGGGGAGGACCAGAGCAAACAGACGGGAUUCUGGGGAAUGAUUAAAAGCGUCACCUCCUCACCCCCUGGCAGUGAGAACCUGUCUCUGAUCCAGCAAGAAGUGGAUGCCCUUGAGGAGCUCAGUCGCCAGCUCUUCCUGGAAACUGUUGACCUCCAGGCCACCAAGGAAAGAAUAGAGUAUUCAAAAACAUUUCAAGGAAAAUACUUCAAUUUCCUGGGCUACUUCUUCUCCAUCUACUGUGUAUGGAAAAUCUUUAUGGCCACCAUCAACAUUGUGUUUGAUCGUGUGGGAAAGACCGAUCCUGUGACACGGGGCAUUGAGAUUACAGUGAACUACCUGGGCAUCCAAUUUGAUGUUAAAUUCUGGUCUCAGCACAUCUCCUUCAUUCUUGUGGGCAUCAUCAUAGUGACGUCCAUCCGGGGCCUGUUGAUCACUCUCACCAAGUUUUUCUAUGCAAUUUCCAGCAGCAAAUCCUCCAAUGUCAUAGUGCUGGUUCUGGCUCAGAUUAUGGGGAUGUAUUUUGUGUCCUCCGUGUUGCUGAUGCGUAUGAGCAUGCCACUGGAAUACCGCACCAUAGUCACCCAGGUCCUGGGGGAGCUGCAGUUCAACUUUUACCACCGAUGGUUUGACGUCAUCUUCCUUGUCAGCGCGCUCUCCAGCAUCCUCUUCCUCUACCUGGCGCACAAGCAGGCGCCCGAGAAGCACAUGACCAUGUGACCUCCAAAGAAGGUCGCAUACAUGUCUGUCAUUUGUUUGUUUGUGAUGUCUUGUGCAGGAUAUGGUUUGAAGAGAAAUGCAGUGUGCUCUGAUUCUGUUCUUGAAAGAGUUAUGUCUGUGUCUCUGUGUGUGUAUAUGUGUAUAUGGUGGAGAGGGGGUGUGUUUCAUUGCUUUUCCA